UAAUUAACACUGACUUGGAACUAUUUGUUAUGGCAAUCACUAAUUUUAGCAUUAAACGCUAUUAACAACUGCUUUAUGUUAUGUUUUUGCCAAUCCGCCGAGUCGAAUUUGGCGCCCAAACAGUUGGCAACGCCGCCUUUUACAUCUGAUCGCGUAAACAUAACCAAAAAUUUGACAGUCGUGAGCUGCUAUGGAAACGACAUGAGUAUAAAAUUUUGUUUAAUCAAUCGUUUGAAAAAUGACGGACUGGUUGAGUCAAGUUAAAAAUGCCAAAAAGUCAUGCAUGGUACAGAACAAUUUAAAAAAGGUACACUAUGAUUUUGGAAAUGGUAGAGAGAUGGUGGAAGAAUAUAACACUGAUACAAAUGUAGUCACUCGAAGAGCGUGGAAACUCAAAAAUGGAAUGGAUGCUGAAGGAGAGUGGGACAUAGAGUUGGGAGACCCCGAAGUAAAUUUUAAUAAAGAACAACUCCUGUUUAUUAAAGAAAGUUCUACUCAGCCAGUUGUAACACGGAGAAAUACACGGAUAAAUCUCGAAUGGCGAAUUAGAAAUUUGCCAUACCCCAUUGAAACGUAUUCCGUUGUAGUUGAUGAAGAAAAAAAAAGUUUAGUGGUAAGGACAACUAACAAGAAGUACUAUAAGGUACUCAGGAUUCCUGAACUAGAUAGACUAUAUUUACAACCAGUACAAGAAGCCGUACGAAUUACACACAAAUUCAACACGUUAAUAAUAACGUAUAAAAAGCCCAAGCAAUUACUAGAACUUGAAAAAAACGUUCUAGAGGAAGUAAACAAAAUCAAGCCAAAUAAUUAUGGAGAUAUGGAUUGCAAACCGAGCUAAAUCGUCUUCUCGACCGUACACUACAUAUUUCUCAUAUUUUGUGAUCACAAAGAAAUAAACAGCUGAUUUAGUUUU